AUGGUUUGGGAGAUCAAAGAGCUGUCCAAAAACGACGUUGAAGCGCGCAACUUUAUAGUUCAGGCAGGCUACAAAUAUCCUCAAUACUUUGCAAGUCCGGUAGAGCGGAACAAAUUGUUUCUGUGUUGUCGACACAACUUCAUGCCACCGUGCGAAUGCUCCGAUUGUGUCCAACAAUUCCGUUUUCGGGAUGAUCAAGAACACAAGAUAACGGCUUACAGCUUUGCGCCUUGUGACGCCGAAGCUCGACAGGAGGCUGAAGGAUUUACCACAGACAUAAGGAAGAAAAAGAGUCGCAAUAAACGCGAGGCCCUCUUACGCGAUGUUGAUCCGAACUUAUAUCCGCAUCGGUGGCCUCUAGUACACCUGAAUAAAGCGUUUCGGUCUCCUCCUAGUGACUAG